AUGAGCACCACAAUGGACAUUUCUAGUGAAAAUGAACCUUCUCCUAACCAUGAGAAGCAAAGCAAACUCUUUUUCCUUUCUAAUGUUCGGUAUUUUAUAGACAAACAUCAUGAACAGCAUGCAAAAAAAGUUAUACAUAGUAUCAAGGUUGGAACUGCCUUGGUCUUAGUUUCACUUAUCUAUCUCCUCGAUCCCCUUUUCGAGCAGGUUGGAGAAAAUGCCAUGUGGGCUAUCAUGACUGUUGUGGUUGUCUACGAUUUCUAUGCAGGUGCCACAUUAAGCAAAGGAUUACUUCGUGGAAUAGGAACCAUAUCCGGAGGUGGAUUAGGGUGUUUGGCAGCAAUUUUGUCAGAAGAUUUUGGAAAGACUGGAAACACAAUAGUUGUUGGAACCUCGGUUUUCAUUUUUGGUGCUUUGGCAACAUACUGUCGAAUGAUUCCAAGCAUAAAAAAGAAAUAUGAUUACGGGUUCUUGAUCUUCAUCCUCACCUUCAGUCUGGUAGCUGUGUCGGGUUUGCGUGCCGAUAAAAUCUCGGAACUAGCACGAGAACGUCUCACUACAAUUGGUAUGGGAUUUGCUAUCUGCAUAAUCACCAGCUUCCUUAUCUUCCCCAUGUGGGCAGGUGAAGAACUUCAUCACUCGACAUCCUCCAAGUUCAACAAACUAGCUUGCUGCAUUGAAGAAUGCAUGGAAGCAUAUUUCAGUGACAGCGAAAAAGAAGGCCGGCAAAGCAUCAACAUGAGCAGUUGCAAAUCAAUAUUGCAUUCAAAGUCAAGUGAUGAGUCACUGGCCAAUUUUGCAAGGUGGGAACCCUGGCAUGGAAGUUUUGGAUUUUACUAUCCUUGGGAGAAAUAUCUACAGAUAGGAGAGCUGCUGAGGGAGCUUGCUUCUAUCAUUUUGUCAUUGCAAGCAUGUAUUCAAUCACCAUUACAGCCCUCAACAAGGCUACAACAAGUGAUCAAAGAGAAAUUCAAUAAUGUAGGGAUCUCACUUGGACUUACCAUGCAUGAGCUAGGAGAAAGUAUCAUGAAAAUGAGAAGGGGCCAGGAAAAGGUCCUAAUGCUUCCUGGGUUGCAGUCCAUCGAACUAGAGUUGAGCAUACUUUCGACUUCAGAGCUACAAGCGAUCGAAAAUGUUGAAGCUCUUCCUAUAGCAAACUUCUUAUUUCUACUGAUGGAGAUAGUCGAUAAGGUAAAAGUCAUAGCCAAAGAAGUUGAAGAGCUUGGUCAGGUUGCUGGUUUUCAAUCUAAAUAGCUAUAGGUGGGUUAAGCAUAUGCCAAUAUGGGUAAUUAAACACUGAAGGUGGUAACCCAGACCAACUUAAGGAAA